AUGGAGUAUUUUAUAAAUCGCUCUGGCUUACGAUUGGCUUUCAAAAUAUCUGUAAAAUAUCCAGAUGACAAAAACAUUUAUAUUGUCCCUUCUAUGAAGCCUUCAGAAGUAUUUUUACUACCUGAUUUUAUACGCGAACACAUAAAUGCAAAUGUUUUUAUGCUUGAUUUAACAGGGAACGGACAAAGUCAAGGAGAGCACGGCCUUGCUGGGUAUGGGAGAGAUGCAGAUGAUAUAGAUGAUGCAGUUAAAUUUUUGGUCUUAAGAGGAUAUACAGUAUUAGGAAUUAUUGGAUGCUCGAGAUAUGGAACUAGCGCUAUUCACUAUGCAGCCUUAUAUGGUGAGGUCAAAACAAUUAUAGCAGUGGCUCCAAAAUAUCAUUUGAUUGAUUUUCCAGAAUUUAUACAAAGGAAUUUUGAGUCAAUUCGCAAUGGUAAUGAGGUUGUUUUUAUGGCUUUUGGAAGAGAAUGGAAAUUUAAUAAAGAAAUGAUGGAUGAGCUAAUAAACACAAAUAUGAAAGAUUAUUGUGAAAGAGCUAAAGGGGAUAUUUAUAUAAUUUAUGGAGAGCUUGAUGAGUACAUUCCCGUUUCAGAUGCGAGUGAUUAUGCAAGAGAAUUAAAAGAAAAAUGCAAAGGAUGUUAUGCUCUAAACUGUGACCAUUUUUUUAUGGGUGUUUUCGAUGAGGUGAUGGAGAUAAUUGAAAAAUUAUAUCUGAAAAUUAAAAACAUUUAUUAUUUAAAUUUUUCAAAAAUUAAUCUCUUUAAUUUAUUGAGCUAG